GAUCGACUCUCCAGAUCCAUCGCAACCGGAAAGGGAGGCGCUUAUAUUUCCCGAACCACAUAUGCAGGGUGCUAACAUUGUUGAUAUACACCUCACAAGUGACUUUUUCAUAUUCGUCACCGAUCAAGGUCAUAUCGAAUACUUCGGUGUGGAAGAAUGGCGGACGUCGAUGCGGUAUAAGCAUAGUUGUGGGAUACGCGGAGUAUAUUGCGAUAUAGGUGGGGCGCGCGCGUGCAUAUCGGACGAGCGGCGACGAUUGCACGUGUAUUGUCCCGCCGCUGACGAGUUGUGUCCCGUGCCGCCCGCCGGGGACUCCCCGUGGGAUCUCAGGGGCGUUAUUUGGGACAUAUGCCUGUCAGACCGCAACGUGUUUAUAGUUCACCGGGAUGAAGCGAUCGAGACUUACUACUACGCCGCCAAUUCCAUCAACGGCUCGCAUGUAGACUACGUGGCCACUACGGUCAUACUUGCGGAUCAAAUACCGCUCAUAUUGUUUUCCGGCGACGCCUUCUGUUAUGUGGCUGGUGGCAGCGUUACGAAAAUAUCACUGGAUUCCCACAAUACUGCCGGUCUAGCGGACGCAGACGGUGAUCGCCGGAUAACGAACCAAAAGAAGCACGUGGAGAAACUGCUGAUGCUUAGGAGGUUCAGUGAGGCGUGGCUGUUCUGUGAUGCCGUGGACGAACCUGACCUCUGGAGGACGUUGGGGGAGGCGGCACUCGCUGACCUCAACGUAGAAUUUGCUAUACGUGUAUACAUACGUCUAAGCGACGUCGCUAUGGUGUGGGCGUUAGAAGACGCCUCCCAGAUAGAAGAACUACCUAUAUUGUGCGGUGUGAUAUGCGCGUGCCUGGGCAAGGGCGAGGCGGCGGCGCGGUGGGUGGAGGGCGGGGGCGGGGGCGUUCGCGCUGGAGCUGGGGGCGGCGCGCGGGGAGUGGGCGCGCGCGUACGAGCUCGCCGCCAGGCACUGCCCCAAGCGCGCGCCAUACAUACUACUCAACAUGGCGCAACACCAAGACCUCACUGCCGAUUAUCACGACGCUCUAGCUAAUUAUGAAAAAAGUUUGAUCACUAACAAUACCGAUGACGCAAAGGUAAAGGAACAUAAUGCUAAGUGUGAAGCUGGAAUCGCUCGCAUGUCCAUCCGUUGCGGUGACGUCAUGCGAGGUGUUACUGUUGCCAUGAAGUAUGCGUAUGAUAUUGCCCUUCUAAAAGAAUGCGCUCAACUUCUCGAAGAAGAGAAACAGUAUAGCCACGCGGCAGCUCUUUACGAUCACGCCGGGAACACAGAGAAAGCAGCGUCUCUAUACAUAAAACUGAAAUCAUGGCUCAAAGUUGAGGCUUUGCUGCCUAAAAUCAAUUCGCCCAGCAUUCACAUACAAUACGCAAAAGCCAAAGAAGCGGAGGGCAGAUACACUGAUGCCUUGAAGUCUUACAUGAAAGCUCAAGACUUUGAAUCCGCUAUACGCUUGAAUUUGGAGAAACUCGACGAUAUCGAUGAAGCGGUGAAUUUGGUUCAGGAAACAAAAUCAGUGCAAGGCGCCAAAAUGGUCGCUAAUUAUUUCCAAAACAGUGAUGAUCCAACUUCUGCGAUUAAAUUCUUAGUCAUGUCCCUAUGUUAUGAUGAAGCAUUUCAAUUGGCCAGGAAGAAUGGUAAACUGCAUUUGUACGGGGAGAUUCUUAUUCAGACGUCGCAAGCUCGACCAGAAGAUUUCAAGAGUCUGGCGUUGCAUUUUGAAGGUGAAAAGAAUCAUCUGUUGGCGGGGAAGUUUUAUUUUCACGCGGGGGAAUACAGUAAAGCGAUGACGCAUUUGCUGAAGACUGGUGGUUCUGAAGAGGAAGAGACCGAGGCUAUAGGUGUGGCUAUAGAUGCUGCUGCGGCGAGUGAUGACGAGCGACUGUCGAGAAGGUUGAUUGAGUUUUUACUCGGAGAAACUGAUGGAACUCCUCGAGAACCUCGACAUUUAUUCAGACUGUAUAUGGCGAGAAGACAGUUCACGGAGGCGGCGAAGACUGCGGUGAUAAUAGUAGGCGCGGAGUGUGGCCGCGGGCGGUACCGCGAGGCGCGCGACGUGGCGCGCGGCAUGUGCGCGGCGUUGCGCGCGCGCGCCCUGCCCGUGCCCAGGGACAUGCGCCGCGCCUGCGCCGCCCUGCACACCUACAUACUGGUUCGAACGCACGUAAAGCGUGGCCGACAUGAACUCGCAGCGCGACUUCUCUUGCGAUUGGCUGCUGACGUUUCCUUUUUUCCUACUCAACAGCAUCAAGUGUCCAUUUUAACAUCGGCCGUGAUCGAGUGCAGUCGUGCCGGUAUCAAACAACAAGCGCAUCAUUGGGCGAAAGUUUUGAUGCAACCCGAAUACAGAUCGCAGAUUGAUCCGAAGUACAGUAAGAAGAUAGAGGGCGUGGUCCGUCAUUUGCCGCGCGGCGGAGCGGGCGCGGGGGCGGGGGCGGGGGCGGAGACGCCGUGCCCGGUGUGCGGGCGGCCGGUGCCCGCCGCAGACCUCAGCUGUCCCAGCUGCGAGGCCGACCUGCCGUUCUGUGUCGCCUCUGGUUUACAUAUCGUUAAAGACGACCUGACGGCCUGCCCGGAAUGUGAUUUUCCGGCAAUCAUGACUGAAUUUGUAGAAAUCCUCCAAGAAGAAGGCAAAUGUCCAAUGUGCGGCGAGAUCGUCGACUAUCGCAGGCUUGUAAAAUUAGAGGACAUAUCUCCUUAUUUGGACACUAUCUCUAAUGCAUAA